AAAAAAACAGGGACAAACCAUUUCCUUUAUUUUACAGCCGUGUCCGGAAUUCCCUGGAGGAGACGCAACAUCCAGCAUCUUUGUGAACGGCUACAGACAAAGCAGAAACUUGUUUAAGGCACGUGGUUUGAGUAAAGAUAAACGAGACUUGUUUAGAGGAUGUGGAGAAGGGGGCUAAUAGAGCGUUUAACCAGGUUGUUUUCCUGGUUGCUUCCUAGUCUCACCCCCCCCUCUCCCAUCAGUUGAGUGGUUUAUCCUUCCUCCUGCCAUGUUGGAUUGCGCUGCUGCCGCUGCUCCUGCAGGAGUUGUGAUGAAAGUUUAGCUUUUUGUCUGUUUAGGGACAUCCGGAGAUUUCAAGGAUCCGAUAAUAUUUGUUUAUAUUUUUAUUUCCUUUUUCUAGUCUGCGCUUGAGCUCUGCACUUCUGAAACCUGAUUUACACCCGUUGGACUGGAAUAAAAAGCAUUCAUGAAAAAAUCCGGCGGAAGGCCACGCUAAUCAGUGACUAUUCAAAUAUAUGAUACGACGUACGGGAGAUUUACUGCUUCAUCCCUCCCUUAUUUUAUUCACACUGUUCAGCUACGAGAAAGGGAAAGCGCAAAAUGAACAGUCAACAUCCUUCACAGACGCGGCGGGUCAACAAUAUUGGUUCGCUGCUCCUAACGCCCCAGGAAAAUGAAUGCCUUUAUAGUUACCUCGGCAGGAAGUGCAUCACGUUAUCUUCUGCAAUUGUUCAAGUAUAUGCAGCUGAAAGGCACUCUAUAUGGUCCAAGAAAUGUUGCGGAGUUGCAUGCCUUGUAAAGGACAAUCCACAGAGAUCUUAUUUUAUCAGGGUAUAUGAUAUUAAGGAUGGCAAGAUAUUGUGGGAGCAGGAACUCUACAGCAAUUUUUCAUACAUCAGCUCUAGAUCAUACUUUCAUACAUUUGCUGGAGAUGUAAGUUUCUUGUUUCAUCUUUUAUAA